AUGAACGAGUUGUUUAAGUCAGUUCUAAACAACACAUAUCUGUUUGGACAAGUAAACGGACACCUGCACAUACAUUGUACUUAUGAUUGUGUGUCAAAAGAUGGCGACAAGGCAAGAUACAUCCUAUCAAAGCCAUACAAACAAUGGAUAUCUGUCGAGGACAUCUGUCGCAAUGGUCAUCAAUCAUUGCUCUACUACAAACUACGUCAACAACAAUACUCACAACAACAGCCAACCGACAAUCCAUUAAUUGAAAUGAGAAGUUACAAGGAUGUAGUUGUAGUGUGUCAAUACGUGACCGAUGAAACCAUCUUCUCAUCAGUGUAUCGACGAUGGCAACAUAUGUUCAUCAGCCCCUCGCUGCUUCAGUAUGCUGUCAUUGGUGUCAACUGUAAUGCCUUGCGAAUCCUCAUCUCUCAGACCUCACCCGUCAAACUCCCCGUAACCAUCAAGACACUCUCACUAUGGUCCCAGAAUCGCUUCAGAAGUGACAUCGAUCAAAGCGUGUGGCGUGAGAUCAUGAUUGGUCUCCUCAAUCUCCGUUGCACAACAGAGCACUUAUCAAGAAAGGUGGACAACAAUCAAGUCAGAAAGCAUUGGAGAGCAUUGGUUCAUAUACUGGAGAUAGUUUCGCAUUCUGAAGAUGAGCUACUCUGGAACAAAUUGCAACACCUGCGAAAGGUGCUCAACAAAGACAUGGUCGUGGUGUUUGAUAAGUUUGACGAGUACAGUUUCAUUGAUGGUGCAUUGCAGUCGGCCAACCCAACCAAGGUCAUUAAGGACCUAAACGACCACCUGGAUUAUCAAGUUAGUUGUUCAAUCUCACUCACCUCUCACAUCGAGAGCACUGUGAUACUGGCAAGACGAGCUGGUUUGGAUAUCGAUUUUAUGAUGGAAAAGAUCACGCGAGUGGUUGAUGCUCUGUCGCCAGCUCCACAAUGUAAUGCAGAGGGCAGGAAACAGAUCAUUGACAUACUGUUGUUGGCUCAGAUCAUCACCCAUCAAUUAUCAGAUUUGAAAGAAUAUUUUAUCGUACACUUGAUGUACGUCACCAAACUCUUUGUACAGUUGAAGCGAAUGGAUCUCAUUGAAUACUUCAUGUACGAGAUUGGUGAUAAUAUCGGUGAGAAGUUCGACACAUUGGCAACAUAUGGCUCUCUCGAGAUGAUCCUCGCCGCCACCCAAUGCAUCCGUCCAACAACACCCAUCGUGGUCUCGAAAUUGGCAUUCACGAGGGGACUUAAUGCUGCACUUUUUAGAAAUGAUCAAGAGAGUGAUGUCAUUGUCCGUCACCUUUCUGCCCUUGUCAGUGUGGAUGGUUUCCAGAAGGAAGACGAAAUCAUUAUUGUCUCAUCCGGCGAUAAACUUCUGGCCCUCAGCAAACAUUGGACACCGCAGUCCGACUGGGCGACAUCCAACUCAUCGAUCACCUGA